GUUCGUUCGACCAAAGCAGUAAUCAAAAUAAUUCUCUCAGUCAGCCUUCGCUAGAAGUUCCUUUUAUUUUAUUCAAAAAAAAAAAAAAAGGAAAAGAGGAGAGUUUCUAACGAAUAUCCAGGGCUUUUUGCAGAUUUCGAACGGAUCGCUAUGGCAAUUGCUUCGGAUGAAACCACCAGCAUAUGCAAUCACUGUGACAGGGCCAUACCUUCUUCAAAUAUCGAUUUGCAUUAUGCUCAUUGCUCCCGUAAUCUACAAAAAUGUAAAGUUUGUGGUGAUAUGGUUCCAAAAAAGCAUGUUGAGGAACAUUUCUUAAACACCCAUGCUCCGGUGGCCUGUUCACUGUGCAGUGAGACAAUGGAACGUGAAAUUCUAGCUAUCCAUAAAGGUGAAAAUUGCCCCCAGAGGAUUGUUACUUGUGAGUUUUGUGAGUUUCCAUUGCCUGCUAUUGAUCUGGCAGAGCAUCAGGAAGUAUGUGGGAACCGAACAGAGCUGUGUCAUCUGUGUAACAGAUACAUUAGACUGAGAGAAAGAUAUAACCAUGAAAGUAGGUGCACUGGUAUUCCAGAAAACAUUGUGGGAUCUUCCAGGGAUGUGAGGGCAGCUGAAAGGGAUCAAGGUGCUCAGAGAAGGCAGCCAUCUGAAUUUUCACGGAGACUUCUAUUCACCAUUGCAAUAACCGGCAUUGCUGUUAUAUUAGGAUCACUUUUUUUCCAGAAGAAGACAGAGACCAGUCAGGUGCAUUAGCAGAGUAGAGGAUACACACUGGGCUUAUCUAAAUCAGCUUGAGAGCUACAUAUUCCAUUUCUGUAUCUUAAACUAUCCUAGAGCAUGUACUAUUUUUGCUGUAUCAAACUCGUUCAGAUUGUGAUAAUAUACUGAGUCCCAUCUUGAUA